AUGAUCGUCACCACAGUGGUACGAUGGGCUUGCUGUUUGAUCAUUGUGGUAGUACGAGGGAUCGACGGGCUCGAUAACGGGCUCGCUCUUACGCCACCGAUGGGAUGGCUUGCGUGGCAGCGAUACAGGUGCAUCACGGAUUGCGAAAUGUACCCCGACGAUUGUGUCAACGAACAAUUGUUCAUGAAAGCAGCAGAUUUAUUGGUUAGCGAAGGCUACUCUGAAUUGGGUUAUAAUUACGUAAUCGUUGACGACUGUUGGUUGGCCAAGAACAGAUCGGCCGAUGGGAAAUUACAAGCCGACAAAAUAAGGUUCCCAAGCGGUAUUAAAGCGUUAUCGGACUAUGUACAUUCUAAAGGCCUUAAGUUUGGAUUAUAUGAAGACUGGGGUACUAAGACAUGCGCAGGCUAUCCUGGAGUUUUGGGGCACGAAGAGCUGGAUGCUAAAACAUUUGCAGAAUGGGAUGUUGACUAUGUCAAACUAGAUGGAUGUUAUUCAAAUGUUAGACACAUGGACAAAGGCUAUCCUGAAUUCGGGAGGCAUUUAAAUAGCACUGGAAGACCAAUGGUGUAUUCUUGUAGCUGGCCAGCUUAUCAAGAAGAAAAGGGAAUGUUAAUUGACUACGCAUCAAUGGCUAAACACUGCAAUCUUUGGCGUAACUACGAUGAUAUUGAUGAUUCAUGGGAAAGUAUGAUCAAAAUAGCAGAUUAUUUUGCACAAAAACAAGAAUUUUGGGCAAAAUACGCUGGACCUGGACACUGGAAUGAUCCAGACAUGCUUUUGAUUGGUAACUUUGGAUUAACAUACGAUCAAAGUAAAACACAAAUGGCCAUCUGGGCAAUACUGGCUGCUCCAUUGCUGAUGUCAAACAAAUUAACAGAAGUACAACCACACUUUAAAGACAUUUUACAAAACAAAAAAGUUAUUGAAGUCAAUCAAGACAAACUUGGUAUUCAAGGCACUAGAGUGUUUAGGGACAAGGGUAUUGAUAUUUGGACUAGACCAGUUGAACCUUUCAACGAUGGAUACCAUUCCUAUGCAGUAGCAUUUGUAAGCCGCCGUGUUGACGGAGCUCCUUAUCCGUAUAAUAUAACAUUAGAAGACUUAGGUUUAACAAACCCUAAUGGCUAUUCAAUUAUUAACCUUUAUGGAGAAGAAAAAAGUACAACCUCUUGUAUUUUUAAUUCAAAAACUCCAGUUAAAGUUCGAGUUAUUCCUUCAGGAGUGGUUUUUUUGCGAAUGAACAUAGAAAAUUCAAAAAAACCAUGUACACAUCACAGCAAAAAUCAGUUCUUCAUGUAA